AUGCUCGAGGGCCGAGAAAUUGUCCUGCGCAAACUUCAAGCCAUCCUCUUGGAGACCUUGACGGAUGCCCUGAAUUGCUCUGAUGCGGUGCUAGACAAGCUCGCCGAGAAAGCCCAGCAGACCUCGGAUGGCUUCAUGCCGAAUGCCACAAUGGGGCCUCGCAAUGUGUCCCACAAGGAGUGCAAGAUCGUUUGGGGACUGGCCCGCUACUACUGCAAGGUGCACACAAAGGACCUGAAUGAGACUGAGACGGAAGACUUGUCCGACAGCCUCGGCGCAGAAGUCGGAACCACGGACAUUGACGCUGCAAACGAUCGCCGCCUGGGCCUUGGGCGACGUCUAGCGGUCAUCACGGACUCUUAUGCAGCGCAGGAGGAGGAAGAGACUGCCAGUACAGCAGGUGAUGGUACUUCAGCUACCACCACUACCACCACUACUACCACUACUACCAGUGCCGGCAUGGGAUCCACAUCGACCUCCCACAGCAUGGUGACCAGCGCCUGUUCCAUUUCAAGCAUUCUACUUUCUGUUUGGCUCUUGUUUUAG